UGUUUCAGGAAGACUCCUCCGUGUGCCCCUCCCCCUCGCUCUGUCAGGCGGUGCAGAGCUGGUUCGGUCAGUCAUUCUUCGUUUGCCGGGGUCUGUGAGCGAGCACCGGGACAAUGUACUACGUACUGCUGUCAGCUCUCAUAGCAGCUGUAGCUGCUGAUUUCACCGUUUUGAAAUCACCCCAGUACCAAAUCUUUCAAGAAGGAAACUGGCCAGUUCCCGGAGACCGCAUUCCAGAUGUGAUUGCUCUAUCAAUGGGAUUUUCAGUGGAAGAGGAUCUAUCUUGGCCUGGGUUAGGAGCUGGCAAUCUCUUUCAGUGCCCACGUGCAACUGUCUUGGUGACUGUAACUGGUACAAACAAACUUCCUCUUACAGAAAAUGGGAUUUCAUAUCCUAUAGAAAAUGCUGUACCUUACAGUGUUGACAGUGUGGUGAACUCCAUACAUUUACUAUUCUCAGAGGAAAUGCCUGUUGUCUUACAGUUGGCUCCAAUAGAUGAGAGAGUAUACAUGGUUGGUAAGGCUAAUACAGUAUUUGAGGACCUUCCGGUCACAUUAAGACAACUAAGAAGCAGCUUGGAACAGGACAAUUCCAUCCUUGCAUCACUACCUGUCAACUCUUUGUACCGAAAUGAUGAGACUGACCGUCUGUUCCUUUCAGAAUUGCAAGUUCUGCAAGAUAUACCUGCUUUGCUGUCUCGGCACAAACAUCUAGCCAAAGAUAAUGCUCCAGAUAUCUAUUCUCUGGAACUGACUGGAUUGGAGGAGAUCAAGAAACGCUAUGGAGAAGAUUCUGUGAAGUUUAAGGAUGCAACUCAAAUUCUUUCUGAUGCCCUGCAGAAGUUUGCCGAUGAUAUGUACAGUAUUUAUGGUGGCAAUGCAAUUGUCGAUGUUGUGACUGUGGAGUCAUUUGAAACGCCUCUUGUGAGGAAAAGCCGAUCCAUUCUUUCAUCUCCAUCUAUUAGCAACCCAGGUAGCCCAUAUAAUCUGGCUUAUGAGUACAACUUUAACUAUUCUGUUGUCUUCAACAUUAUCCUUUGGCUCAUGAUUGGACUGACUCUAGCUGUAAUUGCAAUCUCCUACAAUCUUUGGAACAUGGAUCCUGGCUAUGACAGCAUCAUUUACAGGAUGACCAACCAGAAAAUCAGAAUGGACUAACUUUUGCUGAUUUGUCUACCGAAAUGCUGACAUUUCAGAAUGAAUUACUUUUGUUUUUUAAACAAGAAAUCAAAGCAUUGUCUGAUACCUGUCAAAAGGGUUUAAAUAUUUAGGUUGCCCCAACUUUUGAGUGUUCAAACUGGGAUCAAUUCCUCCUCCUAUAUACCUGUGCUGUAAAAUAAAUAGCUAAUAACUUAAUCUCCAUGAAAAGUGCAUUGUGAUAUUUCUGUUGAACAAGGGAUGGAAUCCUAAUUUGUUGGCAGAUUCAAUAGAACCAGAAAUUCUGAAAGGUCAACAUUCUAUUUCAUACAAAUGGUUGUGUUGUACAUUUAUAAAUGGAUGCUACAGAAGAGAUUUAUUAUGUAAUGAAAAGUUGGAGUGAUUAGUUUUCUAGAAACGUGCUUCUUAACCUUGCAGUCAGGAUCCAAAAUUACAACUCUGUGGUAUGUAUGACUGUGUACUUUUUUUCUUUUUUUUUUUUCUCUUUUUUUUUUUUUUUUGUCACAUCACAUUGUUGACCCUAUUUGCAGAAUUUUAUUUUGCUAAAUUAUUUUUCAGGUGAAUUGGUCAAUGGGCUACUUUCUGAAGUAUGGAUCCCCCUAGCAAAUGCUUGGAACAUAAUUUAAUUUAAUGUCCCUGGCAGAAAAUGCAUUUGUAAGCUUUAGUAGCAAAAUAUGUCUGUUACUGACGUUUAUAGAUAUCAGAAAUACAGUAGAUGUGUAACUUUAUGAAAUCUGCACUCACGGGUACGUCUGAAAGUGACUUGCAUAAAACUACAGUAUCUAUUUAACCAGUUCUGUGGAUAGGAAAAUUCAUCACUCUGUGUACUUAUACAAUUUUCCAACAUUCUACACUUUUUUUUGAUUUGGAAUUUAAUUUGGGUUUUUAUAUUGGAUAUUUAAGGCCCCUUAAAAACUCAGGCAUAGAAUUAACUAAUUUAACACUGAAGCUAAUGACACUGCACUGAGCAGUAAUUUUUUCCCCCAGCAAGAACGACACCGCUUAGUACUCAAACUGGUAUCCUUGGCAACCAGCUGCUUGUGAACUCUAUGCUCCAUAAUGCUCAGCCAGCCCAAAUGCUACUGACUGUUAUGGAAAUUAUAGAUCACUGACAUUGGGGAUGCUAGGGUUUGGCUUUCCUGUUCUAGUAAAACAAAUUUGUCCUCCUGUGUAGAAUAUUUGUCUUCUGAAUGUAUGCCAACCACUCGAACAUUGCAUGCAUCAAGAUCGCAUGUAGGUGUAAUUAUGUAAGAGGACUUUAACUCUCAUUGAAGCAGCAUGGGCUAAAUGACACCAGAAUGAAGUUCUAUACAGUUACUACAUUCUAAUAAAUUUCAUAAAUCUGUAUUUGAUAUAAUUCGGACAUAAAUUUGAGACGUAUCAUAUGCAUUUGACCUUUCUGACAGAUGCCUAUUGUUUGUCACUUGCUGGUAUGGUUCUUUUAUGGUGUGUAAGAACUGGUUAUGUUAAAACUUGCUUUGAUGAAAAAUCAUUCUGUUCGUAAUUACCUCCAAAUCAUGAGUCCUAAUACAACAUCUUGUCACAAGUAUCUGGAAGUACCACAAACUGCUCUCUGUAAGAUCACUGGAAUGAAUUAUCCAUGUCCAUGUUGUCCAAAUUGAUGGUCAGAACAGUCUUACACAGCCCCAAAAUAAUCUUGGGGAAAAAAAACAUACAAGUUUGAUUGUAAUUCAACUAUUAUACAAUUCUAGUCUCCAGUCUGUGCAUGCACACUAUACAUGAUACCAAUAAAUAAAGUUUGAUACAUAUCUUAAGCCAGUGCUUAUCCAGGAUUUACCACUUACCCAUUUGUGCUACUGUGGAGAGGCCCCUAAACACUUUUAUUGACUAUACCCGAGAACUGGUUUGGGAAUCACUACUUUAAGUCCCUUCAUGUAGAGCAAUAUGGGAAGUAUAGUUCACAAAUCUCUGCAGUAUGAGAUUACUCGUCAUCACUGCUCUAAUUAAUAACAAAUAUCUUUUGAGAGAAACCUAAUAAAUAUAUAUAUUUCAUGGUGCCCAGUUAUCUAUCCCUGUCAUAAAAUAACAAACUUGAAAUGUUUAGAAAACUGUAUAUGAAAUUCCAUUUUAAGUUUGGAUGUUAGAUUUAAAGGAUAUAUUUAUUUUGUGUGAACAUUGUGUACAAAUGACAGAAUUUAAUCGUUUUUUCAGAUUGUGUUUUUAAAGCUUAUGUUCAAUGUAAGAACUAUCAAAUUCCUCUGUGCAAACUAUUAAUGGUUGUGUUGUACAUUUAUAAAUGGAUGUAAAUGUUUUUAUUUGUAAUUAUUAAACAGAAAUGGGGACCAAAA